UUACUUUUUGAUAUUGGUAAAUUUGAAGUUUUAAAGUUUAUACAUGGUUUUAGUUAUAAUUUCAAUGUAGCUUAUAUAAAUCUCCGGUAAAUCUACAAUCGUGGUUUUAAAUAAAUAUAUAAGUUUUGUGUAAUGUCAUCAGACAUUUGUCGUAUUUGUACUUCUAUUUUAAGGGAUUAUUUUGGACGAGGUGUUUCUGAAAUUGCGAAACCUUUACAAUGGGGCCAAAAAUCCCUAAUGACAUUGACUACCAUGUUGGAUGGAAAAUACUCACGGUACUUAAUACAGGAAACUCUUAUUGUUCUAUUACAAUUCAAUUUCGUAUCAGCAAUUUAUAAUACUAACUCAGUACAAAUUGAAUACAAAUUGAAUAUGGAUAAUAUUCUUAUGAUUUUAAGGUAUCCUAAAUAUUUAUCGAUUAUUAAAAGAAAAUUUAGUACUGAGUACAAGGAGCUUGUUGAAACCCUAUUUCUUCUUGGUCGGGCACCUCUAUCAAAAAUUGUAAGUGAAUGCAUUAAAAAGCAAAAUAAGACUGAUGAUUGUUAUAAUAAUUAUUGGGAAAAGGGAAUUGAAUUGAUAAGAAAUGAAUAUUUCAAAAGAACAGCAACUUAUGUUAUUUUGACUGAAGUAAACUCAAAUAAAAUGUUUACUCCGCCCGUAACAAAUCAAAAAGAUGAAAAAAAAAUUCUGUUUGCUCCUAAUUUUAAUAAGUUUCAUCAAGAAAUGAGAAAUAAAAUCAUUGCAGAUGCUGUUGUAAGAAUAUUUGAUGAUACUAUUGUUGGAGAAGUAAUGUCUACUAUACUAAGUCAGUGUGUGGAUAAUAAUGCACCAGUUUCAAACCCUAUAUCAUUGCAAUUGAUCAGAAGUAAUUUAUCUGUUGGUCAUAAUUAUUUGUUAGAAUAUAUAACAAUGAUUGAAGAAGAUCCUACUAACUUUUUAUGUAAAUCUUAUGGUACUAUGUGUAAUAUUACUGUUAAUUUUAGACAAAUUAUAAAUUGCUUAAAUGAUUCAAUAAUGGACCAAGUAGUUAGCUAUAAAUUUGGUGAGAGUUCUGCAAGGUUAUUCAGAGCUACUAGAACUAACAAACUUUUAGAACUUGAACGUCUUCAACAAACUGCAUUAAUACCAGAUCGUGAAACUAAAACAUUAACAUCAGAACUUUUUAUGAAUAAUUAUCUUCAAGUUCAAGAAUUAAAAAAACCAAAUACUCGUUUAGGUCGAAAUGAUGGAAAAUCCUUUUAUUUAUAUCAUCUAAAUGAUCGUCAACUACAUCAAGAAUUAACAGAAGAAGUAUUGAAAAUGAUUGGAAAUUGUAUGAUGUGGAAAUUUAAAACAUGUGAAGAUAAUAAAAGACUACUGAGAAAUAAAGCUCGUUUUGACGUAAUGGUUCAAGGAUUACAGGAUAAACAAGAAGCAAAUAAGGACUUUUUUGAAGAAGCUAUGGAUAAUCUGUUUUCUCCAAGUGAACGGAUAUUAUUAGAUUCAAUAAAUAGACUCUUGCGUAAGUGUCAAUUAAAUAUUAUGAGAUUAGAUGAAUGUUUAUUUUUAUUCAAUUAUUAUAGGCAAUACAAUAAAAUUAUUAAAUAAACAUGCUUUUGUUUUACAUCUGUAAUUGUAUUAACAUACUAAUGUAAAUGUUGUACCUAUAUUAAAUUAAAAACUAAAAUUUACUACAGUACGGUGUAUACAAAUUUGUAUAUACAUAAAUAAUUUAAAAAAAUUGGUAUUUUUUGAAAUUGAUCUGCAUUAUAUAAUCUGUUUCAAUUAUAAAUAUUACUUCACUGGUUUUAUUCAUAAUUUUUUAUAAACAAUAUUUACUAAUAAUAAUGUAAACUAUAACAUAAUCUAAAGUAUUGAUACUUUACUUUGUUAUAAUACUAUGUUUUUUUCUAUAAACAUAACAUUGCAGUUAUUAUGUUGUGUGUAUGUACAUCUAUAGUAAUUUGUAAUUUUAUAAUUAUUAUUCAAUGAAAUAAACAUAAAAAACUAAAAUACUUUGCAUCGUUGGCACAAAUAAUUCUCAAAAUUGGGAUAUAUAUAUAAUAAAUUGUAUGUAGAAAUUCAGAUUUUUUUAUUUAAAGUUGAUGAUAUUGGAUUAGUAGAAAAUUAUUUUUCAAGAUUUUUACAGGUACCCUCUGUGACUGUUUACAAAAAUACCCUGUUAUGAUUAUCGUAUCCAAAUAUAUAAUAUAUUAAUCAUAAAUUAAGAUAUACAAUAUACCGAACGAAAAGGUCUUAUCAAUGUUUUUUUUAAUCGGUCAGUUUUUCGCUGUUAGCACAACUGCUAGCGCUUUAAGGAAAAAUUGGUACAAAAGUCAAUUAAAUCUAAUUUAAAUAUGGUAAUUAAUAUUUUUAUAUUCAGUUGAGUUUUACAUUUUGACUGUGACGUAAUAUAGAUAUUUUUUUAUUUAAUAAUAAAGUACAAAUAAUAAAUAAAAUACAAUUUUUAAUUAAUAAUAUCUUGGUCAGUCUUCGUCUGUUCCAAAAUUUCGUCUCUCAAACCUUCCUUCAUCAAAUCGUCUUCUUGAAUUUUGUUGCCGUGAUCGCCACAUUUUGCCUAAUCUUUUGUUGUUACUGCAUCUAAACCACUAUUUACUAAAACUACUACAUCUACCAUUUUGAAGGUGUUAUUUUUUUCCGUGACUUUACCCUUAAUAUCUGCCCAGAUUAAUUCGAUUGGGUUGUGUUGACAGUGGUAAGGAGAAAGUAUUACCACUUCAUGGCCCGUUUGAAUUUAUAUUUUUUUCUUUUGGCAUCAUCAAUUUGAUUUUUUCCCGUAGUUCACAAAAAUGUCUUUACUGGAGAAAAGUCCACAGACUUGUUUUGUAACCAUUUUCGUACAUCUGCUUUUCGAGUAUUUGCCUUAGGGUACUCAAUAAUAGGUACAAAAUAUUGUGGAAUACGACAUCUGCAGCUAUAUGAUAAGGAAUUGGUUUCCAAAUUAAGAUGAAUAGCACUAAGCAUUACCACCUGCCGUUUUUAAAAUGCGUGCUAACUGUUUCCAUUUCUUUCAAACGUAGAACCCCCGAAAGCAGAAAAAAUUACCGAUUGGCGCGUGACGACCGCGGAUCACUUUUCGCUUCAAAUACAUCAGUUAUUAAGUUUAUGCUUUUAUUACAUUCAUAAUAAUUUCACUUUAAAAAUCUAUAGUUGUGUAGAACGCAGCACUGCGCCUGAUCCUAAUUUUACUAAUAUUCCAAGACCGUGCCGACGAGUAUCAGUGAUUAACAAUCCUCCCAAAAUUGUUCUCAUUUCAAUGGAUUUAAAAAAUCCUGGAGAUUUCAAAUAGAUUUACUUAAUAUAAUUUAAUUUUAAAUUAGCAGUAUAAAUAAUAAUCCUUAAUGAUAUAUUAAUUAUUAUUAUUAAAAAAAAAAUACUGAUAAUUAGAAAUUAAAAAAUAUUUUGGGACGAUUGGUGUUCAGUGAUAAAAUGAUAAGAAAUUGGACCUACUCGUAAUUCGUCUAUUGACUUUCCUCUGAGUCAAUGUGGACCUUGAGUUCUACACACAUGUGCAUAAUAAUACUAUCUAUAUCCC